GAGGCAGGAGGAGGGGGGCGCGGCGAGGGGAGGGGGUGUGGGAGGAGGAGGGCAGCGGCGUUUAACAGAUUCACUCGGCGUGAGCGCGAUCCGCACAACUCGGCGGCGGCGAGCGAACGCGGGGUGCGAUUCACGACCGCGGGCUUCUACCGCGCGCUCUUCCCCUAACACCCCCCCCCCCCCUCGGCGCGCCCCCAUCACCCGCACAAUCGUCGUCUCUCCUUCACGCAAAGCAGGCGCGAGCACCGAGUCUAUCGCCCGUGAGACUCUUCGUCAUCCCCGUGAGAUCCGUCGUAAUCCCCGCCGCAGCCGCCGCUGUUCGCCGCUCACGUGGGGCCGCGUCGGGCGGCCGCGCCCGUGGGAACAGCUGUCACGAAAGCCCGGGCGGACGCGAUACCGUCCCUGAGGUUCGGCGCGCAGUGGUCGCUCCACACGCAUAUAGCUACAAUACACACACGCAUAUAGCUACAAUACACACACACACAUAUAGCUACAAUACACACACACACGCGUAUAGCUAGAAUACACACACACACGCAUAUAGCUACAAUACACACACACACGCAUAUAGCUACAAUACACACACGGACGGACGGACACGCGCUUAACGCACUCGCACACCCAACGCAACACUCGCGCACGCAGUACGAAGCCGGCGAAGAGAAGGAAAGGGGGCGGUGGGUUGCUGAACAUUUGCUCCACCACCACCACCGCCGCAUUACUCUUGAGCGUUGGUGAUCCCCCGGCCCCUGGUUCAAGAUCACAUCCCAUACUUCUCCUGCUCAUCCCAGCAUCCCCCCCACCACCACCAACCCCGCCGCCAAGAUCGCAACAUCUCCCGCACACAUCGCCCCCCCCCCCCCCCCUUACAACGACCCCCAGAUCCCCCCUCGCAACCCCUCACUUCUUAAAGGACGCAGCGAUGGAGAUGUGACGGCGAACACCCGGAUUGAAAUUACAUCAAGUUCCAUCGCCAUCCAGGCGGGCGAGCGAGCGAGCGGACGAGCGAGCGGGCGGGAGGGAGGGAGGUGGGCAAGAGGGGAGCGGAGGGGGGAGAACGAGGGAGGGAGCAGCGGACGAAGCAACGAAAAAUAAACCCGUGAUUUGUUAAGUGACCGUGAGUGAGAGAGAGAGAGAGACGCGAUCACAAAAACCCACGGACAUCGCUUACUCCCGUCUCGCCAUGGAAGCCCUCUCGGGUCACAUGUCUGCUGCGGGUGGACCGGGUUGUGGGCCGCACCCGCAGGGCGCUCCCAAAUCACCCGAAAUGCGCCUCAUGGAGCCGCACUACGGAGGCGGUCGCGGGGGAGGACCCUCGCUCAAACCCAACCAGGUCCGCGAGGUCACCCUCUACGGAGUCCCCAUCGUGUCACUCGUCAUCGACGGCCAGGAGCGCCUGUGCCUGGCGCAAAUCUCCAACACGCUGCUCAAGAACUUCAGCUACAACGAGAUCCACAACCGGCGCGUGGCGCUGGGCAUUACCUGCGUGCAGUGCACGCCCGUGCAGCUCGAGGUGUUGAGACGCGCGGGCGCAAUGCCCGUGUCGUCGCGCCGCUGCGGAAUGAUCACGAAGCGCGAGGCCGAGCGGCUGUGCAAGUCGUUCCUGGGCGAGUGCGCGCCCCCACGGCUGCCCGAGAACUUCGCCUUCGACGUCUCCCACGACUGCGCCUGGGGCUGCCGCGGCAGCUUCAUCCCCGCGCGCUACAACAGCUCGCGCGCCAAGUGCAUCAAGUGCACCUCGUGCGGCCUCUACUUCUCGCCCAACAAGUUCAUCUUCCACUCGCACCGCACGCCCGACGCCAAGUACACGCAGCCCGACGCCGCCAACUUCAACUCGUGGCGCCGGCACAUGCGGCUCACCGACAAGAACCACUCGGACGACCUCCUGCACGCCUGGGAGGACGUCAAGGCCAUGUUCAACGGCGGCUCCCGCAAGCGCACGCUGCCGCCUUCCUCUAGGAUCUCCGGCGGCGGAGGAGGAGGAGGCGGAGGAGGAGGAGGAGGCGGUGGAGGAGGCGGAGGAGGAGGUGGCGGCGGUGGCUCGGGACGCGGGCAUGGAUUUGGCCUGGGUCCCAUGCUGAGCCAGACCAUGGCCGGGGGCCCCAAGCGCUUGCGGCCGUGCGACGAGGACGAGGCGGCCGCGCUGGGCCUGGCCGAGGGCGUGCGCAGCUACCCCGUGAUCCCCGUCCCCAGCAAGACGUUCGGCAGCGUCCUGCAGAAGCUGCCCGCGCCCGUCUUCCCCAGUCCCUACGGCUUCCCGGCAUUCGGCCUCUGCCCCAAGAAGGACGACGCCGCCUCCGCGGCCGCGGCGGCCGCUGCCGCCGCUGCCGCGGCCGCCGCAGCUGCCGCGGCCGUCGGACCCCCUCCACAGCAGCCCCCCAAAUACCCAAACUUCUCGGGCAUCUUCUGGCCACCCCACGGUGGUCUCAAAGACGCGGUGGUCUACCCGUCCUUCCACAUGUUCUGGCCGACUCGCAACGGCGCCACUCUGAGCGCCGUGCCCGGAUACCCGCAGCUGCAGCCACCGCCCGCGCUACAGCAGCAGCAGCAGGGAGUGCUGCUAUCCGAGGCGCACAAGCGGCACGGGGAGCAGCAGAGAGGCGGGGGAGACGGCUCGGAGCAGAGCGACAUCAGCUUCGCGGAGAGCGAGCACUCGCGGCACGAGGACAACCGCUCCGGGGAGGAGACGCGCGCCUCCUCGCUGGGGGACGGGCACCUCGCGGCGUCUCCCAUGCGCAAGCAGAGCGCAGCCGGUGCCGGCGCGACCACGAGCUACCUCUCGGCCUUCCGGCCCGUGGUGAAGGACGCGGAGAGUUUCGCGAAACUUUACGGCAACCGCGACACGUUCGGCGCUGGCGGCAUCGGCUGCAUCGGCGGCGCGGGGAUCCUCGGCGGUGUCGGUGGCGGUGUCGGUGGCGGGGUGGUGGUGGUGGCCGCCGGGGGAGGAGGAAGAGGUGGUGGAGGAGUAGGCGGGGUGGGGAGGCACUGCGUCUUGUCCCCGGACCUCCUGAGCGAACCCUCGUCCUACCACUCGGAGAUGCUGAGCGACGGCGCGUGCAGUGAGGCUGAGAGCGAGCAAGACGUGGACGUGGAGUCUCACAAGCAGACGGAGGCGGAGGACGAGGUGGAGGAGGAGCUCCUGCCCCAAGACGACGCCGUGGAGGUGGACGAGGUGACGGCGGUCGGGGAGCGCGCGUUCUCCCACCAUCACCACAACCAUCAUCAUCAUCAACAGCAGCAGCAUCAGCAGCAGCAGCAUCAUCAGCAGCAUCAGCAGGUGCCGGAGGAGAGAUGCCCAGCCACGUCGCUCCGGGUCGAGGCCAGCCCGCCAGAGUCGCGCUUCCGCGCGGACCUCUCCCCCGAGAGAAGCGACCGGGAGGAACGGGAUGAUGGACCUUCGCCCGCGCCCAUGACUCCCGUGCUCAGCCAAUACGGACGGGGAUCGGCAGAGCGCUCCGGUACGGGGAACCCCCUUCUACUGAGAGGCGGGGCAGCGGACGCCCCUCCCAGAAGCCACCGCACGGUCGAGCAGGGGGCCGCGCACGUGCACAACGGUGACGUCACCCCGACACCCGUGGAGCAACAUUACCAGCCCGAGAUCACGCGCAUGGACAAGGAGGAGCUUCAGAAAUUCCUGCUACACGAGAUGGACCUCCGAGGAAGAUCGAGAGAGAACUGCAGUCUCUUAAAGCGUGUGGGAGGAAACCGGAGAACCCGGAGAAAACCCACCACGCAGUCGAGGGGAACGACACUCAAAGCUCCACACAGAUCGAGACGCUGUGCGGCGAGCUGGAUCGCGAGCGCAAGGCGCGCCACGCCGUGCAGCAGCAGCAGAAGCUGAAAGGUAACGGAGCAACCUGAUGGAAUGGACCUCGUUCAGCAGCAGCAGCAGCUGCUGCUGCAACAGAAGCAGCGACCAAGACCUACAGCAGCAGCAGCAGCGACUCUGCCUGCCAUCCUGAUGAACGUGGGGAUGGAUCAUCGGUGGCAGCUGAGCCACCGAAAAACGAACACUUGGACAGAGGUUGGAGCAAGAAAACUGCUGUGCCCCCCACCCCCACCUCAAAUCAAUAUACUUCAUAGCCCUCUUCUGCAACAGGAUUCGGACCCCGCCCCCCCGCCUACAUCACCAUGGAUCCCCCCCCCUCCCACAACUUCGAAGUCGUUCCCCACGCGUCUACCGGUCAAACCAACCCCGUGUACACCCCCCCCCCCCCCUUCGGCAGCAGACAACUCCGCGUGAAUUUAUUUGUUUGUAUUUGAGAACUGAAUAUUUGUUUACGCGAAGUGAAGAGGAACUGGAUUACACGUGGAACUCUCAUGUAAGGCAACGACGUCAUUGUAAUGCGAUCUGUAAUCAUCAGCGUUUAUUAUUUCGACGGCACUUUGAUUUUCGCAAGCUCACGCACCGCAUCACGUCAACGCGAAUUUGCACGCGGCAGGUUCCCGAGUUGAAGUCCUCGUCGGACAUUGCCUCGACUCGUCUCAUCGUCCAAAUCAUCCCUCCGUGAUUCUUCACAAAAUAAUUCGUACCAAUUUGUGGAACGUCAACAGUGGUUGUCCUGUCGAUAGACUGGCCCCUGUCGUGGGAAUGUGGAAUGGUUACCACUGGCUCAUGGCCGCUAACCGAGACGAUCCUCGUCCAACCCUCGUUGGAACAGGGAAUAAUUUUGGCACAAACGUUACAAAAAGUUAAACAAUGUGUUUAUCUUUCUGUUGCUCGUAGAAACAUAUCGAGUAUUUUGGCCACUAAACCUUCUUUGGGAAAUGAAUAAUUGCAAGGGUUUAUCAAUCCACUGCUUGAUAAAGGCCUCCGAACGGUGGCAGGAGCUGUGACGCAUUGGUUCGAGCGCUGCGCUAUGAACCCAGCGAGCUGAGUGCAGAUUCUAGGCCACGGCUAAAAUCAGGGGAAGCGUUCUAGACUCUUUAUCUCCUUAUUCAUUUAACUACACACGCUUGUGUAUGGUGAAGACAAUUAUAUCGGAUAGUGUUUUGUGGGAUAUAUAUUUUCUCACCUGGUUUAUCUGGCGCGUGGUCUUGCGGCUCCCUGUAAUUGUGAGGGAAUGACGAUGACGACGAUGUCACAACGUGUUGCUCUUUGUGUGUUGCGCGUGCAAUACUCUGGAAUAGCCAAAGCAAUCUGUCUGCUCGAGGUGCGAUAUCUCGAUGCCAUUUCGCGCAAAAAAGAUGUAAUUGUGGUGUGCAUUACAGUUUUUUUUUCCAGACCUCACUUAUUCGCCGCUCUCCGUGAUACGCAAUUCCGCAAACGCCGUCUGUUCGAAUGCAAAAUGUGCGUCGUUUCGCGUUCCCACUGCCCGAUUAAUUUUUGGUAAAAAAAAGAAAACGCCGCACGUGACUUUUGAGAGCGCUGAAUCUAAUUGAUAUCGAGUUUGGCACGUGCGACGUGUACAUAAACACUCGCACGCAAGCACACACACACA